UUCCCUAUCAGCAAAAUCCCUACACCCCUGGGAGCAGCUCCAGCGUCAUCCAGUGCUACCGCUGUGGGGACACCUGCAAGGGCGAGGUGGUGCGCGUCCAGAGCAAUCACUUCCACAUCCGCUGCUUCACCUGCCAAGUGUGCGGCUGCGACCUGGCCCAGUCGGGCUUCUUCUUUAAGAACCAGGAGUACAUCUGCACCCACGACUACCAGCAGCUCUACGGGACCCGUUGCGACAGCUGCGGGGACUUCAUCACCGGAGAGGUCAUCUCCGCCCUGGGGAGGACCUACCACCCCAAGUGCUUUGUCUGCAGCACCUGCAGGAAGCCAUUCCCGAUUGGAGACAAGGUCACAUUCAGCGGGAAGGACUGUGUCUGCCAAAACUGCUCCCACUCUCUCAUCAGCACCAAACCCAUCAAGAUUCACGGGCCCAGCCACUGCGCAGGCUGCAAGGAGGAGAUCAAGCAAGGCCAGUCUCUCCUGGCCCUGGAGAAGCAGUGGCACGUCAGCUGCUUCAAGUGCCAAACGUGCGGGAUCAUCCUCACUGGCGAGUACAUCAGCAAGGAUGGCAUCCCGUACUGCGAGUCCGACUACCAUGCCCAGUUUGGCAUCAAGUGUGAGACCUGCGACCGGUACAUCAGCGGCAGGGUCCUGGAGGCGGGAGGAAAGCACUACCACCCCACCUGUGCCAGAUGUGUCCGCUGCCACCAGAUGUUCACAGAAGGAGAGGAGAUGUACCUCACAGGCUCUGAAGUUUGGCACCCCAUCUGCAAGCAGGCAGCCAGAGCAGAGAAGAAGCUAAAGCAUAGAAGGACGUCAGAAACCUCCAUCUCACCUCCCGGGUCCAGUAUCGGCUCCCCAAACCGCGUCAUCUGCGCUAAAGUGGAUAAUGAGAUCCUUAAUUACAAAGACCUGGCAGCUCUUCCCAAGAUUAAAGCCAUCUACGAAGUGCAGCGUCCUGACCUCAUUUCCUACGAGCCCUACCACAGAUACACGUCGGAUGAGAUGCUGGAGAGAUAUAGCUAUGGGGAGUCCCUGGGGACCCUCUCCCCGUACUCACAGGACAUCUACGAGAGCUUUGACACGCAGCAGAGGCGAGCCUCCAGCCCUGGCUACAUCGACUCCACCACCCACAGCCGCCAGGGCAUGUCCCCCACCAUCCCGAGGUCCCCCCACCAUUUCUACCGCUCAGGCACCGAGAGCGGGCGCAGCUCCCCCUACUAUAGCCAGUUAGAUGUGAGGUCCUCCACUCCAACCUCAUACCAAGCGCCCAAGCAUUUCCACAUCCCAGCUGCUGGCGAGAGUAACAUCUACCGGAAGCCUCCCAUCUAUAAGCGACACGACAACCUCCCUGCAGCCACAAAAAGCAAAACCAGUGAAGACAUUGCACAGUCGUCCAAGUACAGCCCUGCCUACUCCCCGGACCCAUACUACCACUCUGAGUCAGAGUACUGGUCCUUCCAAGGCUCCCCCAAAGCCCCUCGGGCCCGGAGGUUCUCGUCGGGAGGUGAGGAGGACGGGUACGACCGGGGCAUGCACAAGAUCCAGAGUGGCAUUGGCAGGGUGAUCCUGAGGGAGGACCACUCCUACGCAGCCCCCUGGACGCCGCCUCGCAGCUCGGCCAGCAGCAGAGAAGCCCUACACACGGCUGGCUACGAGGGCUCCCUCAAUGGCUCUCCCCGGACGCACUACCUGGCCGACAGUGAUCCCCUCAUUUCAAAGUCAGCCUCCCUCCCUGCCUACAGGAGGAACGGGCUGCACAGGCCUCCCAGUGCCGAGCUGUUCCACUACGACAGCACAAACGCCGUUAACUGGGGGAUGCGAGAGUACAAGAUAUACCCCUACGAGCUUCUCCUGGUGAAGACAAGGGGGAGGAACCAGCUGCCCAAAGAUGUGGACAGGACUCGGUUAGAGCGCCACCUCUCCCAGGAGGAGUUCUACCAGAUCUUUGGCAUGACCAUCGCCGAGUUCGACCGACUGGCCCUCUGGAAGAGGAACGAGCUGAAGAAGCAGGCCCGGCUGUUUUAAAUGCAGUGCACUAUAAAUAUAUACAUACCUAUAAAUAUAUACAUAGAUCUCUAUAUUGCAGCUCUGUAUGAUUCUCAGUGCUGUACGUGGCGGAGACAUCCACCCUCUUGCACCUGAGAGUGAACUGGAG